UUUUAAGGAACAACAAUAUUCAAACUAAUCUGGCGCUGUAGUGCAUACUAAAAAGGUCUUUCGAAAGGCGCCAAAUGUGUUCACGUCAUUUCUGUCUCACUGAAUAUAUAGGAACUGAUGUUACCGCGUAAAAGCAGGGAAAAAACUACUUCUACGAGGAUUUAACAUGGAGGACAUAUUUAAUGCUACACCCCUCAAGAAAGAUUUACAAACAUCGGAGCCAAAAGUUGACCAGGCUGUAGCUAAAUUAAGAAUCCUCCAGCAAGGUAAAGAAGUUCUGGAGGAAGAAAGUGAUCAGAUCAAAUCUGUCAGGGACUCCCUGCAGAUAGAGCUGCAAAAGUUACAAACAGAAGCCUACCAAUUGGAAAGAGUCCAUAAGGACAAAGAAGAACUUUGCAAUAAACUGCAGUUCCAGUUUGAUGAAUCUGAGCAGGACUGUGUACGACAGCUGAAGAACAGUAAGCAAAGUGAGGGACUGAUGGAGCAGUACAAGUGUGAAAUUCAGGAAUAUAAACUUAAACACAGGAAGCAAAGGUUGAAGUUUGAACAGCAGCUUCAUCUACUGAUAGAGCAACAUAAAAAUCUGCGCUCCAUUUUUACUCCAGAAAGGCUGCCCGAUGAGAUCAAGACAACUGAGAGCAGAAAAGUUCAGCUGGAAUCUGCCGAAGAGAUGAAGUUGGCCCAGCUGUCCCAACUUGACGAGGAGCUACAAGACACUAGGACACAGAAGCAGGUGGGCAUCGGGCCUUAGCAGCAGUAAAUCUACACAAAUGAUGGUCCAGGAGGAGAAUUAAAGGUUAGAAUUCCACAUUAUUGUCUGCAGGUAGCAUUUGGAACAUGUAGCUGCUACGUCAAAGUUAUACUAGACGUGGAUGAUCUUUUAUUCAUGGCAGCCUGUUCUGUGUGUUCACUGCAUUCAUUUCAGUUGUUCAGCAGUGUGUUCACUAAGUCUGUGACUCAGUUCAAUUCUGAUUUGUGCACAAAUCUAAUGAGUCAAUGAAAUUGUUCUUACAUGUUACUGUCAGGGUAUUGUGGGAGAAGUGAUACUGAGUA